CCCAAACGCGGCUCCGCCCCUCUCCCCUCGCCCUCCUCCAUCCUUCAUCUUCACUGCCCCAUCCCCAAACCCAAAUUCCACCCCUGCUUAUCCCCAUGUAUUCCAAAUGGGGUCCUGCUCCUUCCAGAGGAGCCCCUUUCCCGGAGUGCUUCCCACUCUUUCUACACAUGUGGGGUGCUAUUUGUAUCUGUAAGGAGUCUGUCUAUUCCCAAAUUGAAUGCUGAGGGCUAUGGAUUCCUGCCCUGUGUUCCCAAAUGUGCACACACACACACACACACACACACACACACACACACACACAUACACACACACACACCUUCCCAUAUAAGCCCUCCACACAUGGAAUACCAGAGAUAGCCGUAUGCCCCUUCUUCCAGCUGCUCCUGCCCUAUAAACAAAGCAUACCCACAGCUGCCUACUCCUUAGGGUAUGCCUGCCCAGUACACAUGACCAGAGACACACUCCCGGCUGGCUUCAUGCACAAUGUCACACCCCACUGUCACAGCAUACUGACAGCACCCUGCAAGAUUUACCCACAUCAUACUCCAGUUGCCUGCUCAGAUCUGCCCACAGAAGCACAUGGCAGACAGACAUGCGUGCUGUCUGAGCAAGCGCACCCACCUCCUGUCCAUCACAGGUGUGUACACCUGUUAGACUGCGCACCCUGUUCAUAGCACCCCUCCACAGCUAUCCAUGAGUACAAAAGUCAGGCUUAGGGACUGCUUUCCUGCUCCAGCACAGAGAAGCUAGGAAACCUGCCCCAGGUCACCCAGCUAUAAAGAGGUGGUGUCACGGAUGUGUCUCCCUAGUCUCCACCGGCCUGCUCUAGUGGUCCAAAGAACAUGCCUGAGCUUGUGUAUCCUCGCUCGUCACGCAUUGCCUCUGAUUUCACACACUUGGGCACACAAAGCUACAAGUGUGCAGGUAGUUAGCGCUCUCUCUCUCGCUUGGUACAUUCACAGAGGCGAGGCAGAUUCAUUCAUCAUCCCCCAGCCUUCUUGAGUCCUGACAUCCACUUUGCCCCAGCUCCAGCAGCAUUCUCGGAGUCACUAGGGAACACCAGCACCUCCAGAGGGCUGUUCUAGGUAGCUUCUGGGUUCUUCUGCAGCUGCAGGCUCUUGGGAACAUCCUGGGAUAAGUUGGAGUUGGUGCCAUCUCAGAGAGCGCAGCAUCUUGGCGCACCCACCCAGGUGCUGAGCAGCUGAGCCCAUGGAGAACAGCUGUUGGUGUUGGCACCAGCACUGAGUGGCUAUGAAGCACUCUGUAGCUCACAAGGCUGUUAUGCAUUGUAUGGAGGUCUCCAGCCUCUAGUGAGGGACCUCUGUGCUACAAUGAGCAUCUGAGAGGCUGCCCAAGGUCACUCUGUCCUCCACAUACCAGGCUUUCUUGAAAACUGGUGUGUUCCUUUCCAAGGCCCCUCAUGGAGCUCUCAGCAGUCGAAGGCAGAUGUCGGGCACCUGCUCGGAGCCAGCAGCCUUGGUUAGAUGCCAUCAUCCCCAUGACCUACACAGGGCUGCCGUGUCGCCUCUCUGAGCUGCUUGCUUUUCCCCUGCAGAGCCUGGGCCCCUGGAUCUCUGGCUCAUGAACUGGCAAGACCUGCUGGACUAUAGCUGGAAUAGCCCUGUGGGACUCAUGGUCCUGGCAUGGAGUGGGCAUGGCACAGUCUUCCACUUCCCUGGCAUUGGAUCCUCCCACAGCCUUCAGCACCUCUACCCAGGCAGACACCUUGAGAACUCAGGUGCAACCUAAGCACAAAAGUCUGUCUUUGAAGCCUUUAGCCAAGGCUGUUGCUACUCUGCCAGGAACAGUGGCCUUAUUAAGCAGCUUAACUGAACACUUACUAGAUACUAGGAAGCCCUGCUUCAACUUGGGGAUACAGAGCUACUCAAAAAUCCAAGCCUUGGUCUGCAAGAGACAGAUGUAAAUAAACAAGACCAUACUGGUUGGAUUAUGCCUUGAAGAAAAAGGAGGCAUUUUAGAAAAGCAACUCACAUGGAGGUCAGAGCUGAGGCUCCUGUGGUGAGAAAGAGCUGAGAAGAGUCUUCAGGAGGAAAGGAUGGGAGGACACAGCCGAGGUGGAGGGUGAGGGGAGAUGGGGAGACUGCAGAGAGCCGUUCUCUCCCAGGCCUUAGCCAUGCAGGCUGCACUGAGGACUGAGGUCCAGGUUUGGCUUCUCUCCGGCUUCUGAUGGGAAGGUGAGGAAGCAGGGGCGUGGGGAGUAAUGUGAUCUGAUUUAUGGUUUGGAAGGAUUGCUCUGGCUGCGGCAGGCAAGCAGCCCAGAUUGGAGGGGCUCAGAGGAAGGAGGGGGAAAGCAGGGGGGAGGUUACUGCAGUGGUCUAGGCUGGGAUGAGGCAGCUUGCAGAAUGUUCUCUGCUCAGAGCCCAGGGCUUGCUUAGUUCACUUCCUGGAGAUACCUGUUCUGUGUGUCUGUCCCUCCUCCUCCUUGAUGGAGGAACCACUGGGCCCCCUCCCUACCUCCCACCCCAGUAUCACCCCGCUCAGAGCCUGGCCUGCAGGAUAAUCCUGGAGGUACAUCUUUCAAGCUAUACACAUGCAUGCUCUUCACACAUGUUCCCACAAGCAGGCAUACAGAAGGGCUGGGAGGGCCGGGACAGACCAUCUGGGCGGCAAUUGGGAGAGCCUGGAGCCUGAGGAUGGUAGAAGAGUCCCCUUCAUUAGACUGUGCGGUCAGUGGUGGCCACAGGAUAAUAACAACCUUAGCUUUCCCUGCAGUCUGUUCCCUCCUCAGGAAUGGCCAGGAGGGGGAGAAGGAAACAGAGCCAAAAGCCAGCAUCCAUCAUGGCCUGCUUUGUUCUGAGAAGGCUCAUGGACCAAGGCUGAGGCCUACCCGUAUCAAGGAUGCCUAUAGAACUUUCUCCAUCUUUCUUCUGUCCAUCUAAAUGCUGAAUCUACAGGAGGUCCUGGGGCUGCCCACUGGGGUGGGAAAUAAAGAUACCAAGGAGCAGCAAGAAGAAGAGGGAGAGGAAACGGCCACAGCACCUACUUCCAGGCCCAGCCCUGUCCCCAGCCCUUCUCCCACUCCAGAGGACACCAUCACUUACAUCUUGGGCCGCUUGGCGGGCCUGGAUGCAGGCCUACACCAAUUGCACAUUCGUCUGCACGCUUUGGACACCCGUGUGGUCCAGCUGACCCAGGGACUGCGACAGCUGCGGGAUGCUACUAGUGACACAGGCGACUCAGUGCAAGCCCUGAAGGAGGCACAGGUUCGCGCUGAGCAGGAGCACGGCCGCUUGGAAGGCUGCCUGAAGGGCCUGCGACUGGGCCACAAGUGCUUCCUGCUCUCGCGGGACUUCGAGACACAGGCGGCAGCGCAGGCGCGGUGCAAGGCGCGGGGCGGGAGCCUAGCGCAGCCGGUGGACCGCCAGCAAAUGGACGCGGUGGGCCGGUACUUGCGAGCUGCGCUUGCCCCCUACAACUGGCCGGUGUGGCUGGGCGUGAACGACAGGCGUUCGGAAGGGCUCUACCUUUUCGAGAACGGCCAGCGCGUGUCCUUCUUCGCCUGGCACCGAGCACCCAGCCCGGAGCCCGGCGCCCGUCCCAGCGCGGCAUCACAUCCACUCAGCCCGGAUCAGCCCAAUGGCGGCGUCCUGGAGAACUGCGUGGCGCAGGCCUCAGACGACGGUUCUUGGUGGGACCAUGACUGUGAGCGGCGCCUCUACUUCGUCUGCGAGUUCCCCUUCUAGAGGGCCGGACCCUGCCCCGUAGCUCACACAUUCUGCACCGUACGCCCUACUGUCUGGGGUUGCUCAGAGGUUCACAAAAACCCAUGAAUAAAUUCCGAUAAGAAGA